AUGGAAAGAAUCCUUCGACAAUUAGAAGCAAUGGAUGAGAACAUAGAAGAUUCUAGUAUUGAAACAACCAUGGAUCUUAGAAAAGAUCUAUCAAUUACAAAACAGAAGAGGAAGAUCGGACUCAAAAACCGUUGGGAUAACGAAUAUCCAAAUUAUUCAACACUCAAACAACAAAUUGAUUGUCUGAAAAGAAUGCUUGCACUAACUGUCUUCGGACAGGAAAUGCAACAAGCAAUUGUAACUGAAGGAAACGUUUAUGUUUCUACUGCAAAGGCCAACAUAAUACGGCUUUGUGCUAUACGAGAUAUGAUAGCUCACUCAAAAUUAAAGAACUUAUGGAGAAAAAGUAACACUUGGGAUGAAGCUAUAAGUAAAGAAGACAAGGAAACACAACGAUUCGUAAUACAUCAUUUUGGAAAAAAUGCAACUCUACGUCUAACGUAG